AUGUUGUAUGUGCAUACGCUUGUCCAAGUGGUGUCGGCUUCGGCCGCUGUCGCAGCAGUGACGGCCGUCAUAUCUACGGUUCUGAUGCUCUACGACAUCACCUCCUUCCAGGACGAGAUCAAAAUGGAUCUGCAGCAGUUCAAGGAUAUGGCAGACGAUGCAUGGAGUGAGAUGAUGACUUCCAUGAAUGGAAGAGUUGAGCGACCAGUUAUCUUUGAGAGAUACAUUACCAGAAGCAAGAGACAGUCAUCAGAAUGCCAAUGCGCACCGGCUGCUACCGGGUGCCCACCAGGCCCACAAGGGCCACCGGGACACCCAGGAGAAGAUGGAGAACCCGGUCUCCCAGGAAAAGAUGGUGGACAUGGAGGCGUUGGACAUUCUGCUCCGUCCGGUGUGCCCAGCUCUUGCAUCAAAUGCCCAGAAGGCCCACCAGGACCUCCAGGACCGGACGGAGGUCCCGGACCCGCUGGUCCACCUGGAAAUGCUGGAUCU